AUGAAUAGUCUACGAUCCGAUAAUGUAACAUCAAAUCAUCUUGAACAUUUUAAUAACACAAAUGAUUUUAAAGAUUUUUAUACUUCUUUACCUAUAUCAUUAUAUCCAGAAAAUAGUCCAGUCAUUAUGAAAGAUAUGUGUAAAUCAAGAAAACAUAUACCGACUACAAUAAUUGCACCUGAUGGUUAUGUACCGAAUUCGCCGAUUCGGGUCAAACUGAAACCUUUGGGAAAAAAAGAAUCCUCUGAUGAAAGUGCUAACAAAAUAUUGUCAUCUAUAGUUUCAACGAAUAAUAACCUAUUAACAGCUAACGUUUUAAAUAAACUACCUAAUAUAAUGAUCAGUAUGAAAACUGAAGAGAUUGACAAUCCAGAACCAGAAGCUGGCAUUAUAUCAACACAAUCUUGUAGAAAUGUGAAUAAAGAUGAUUUUAUAAAAGAACAAACAACUACUCAUUUGGUUGAACAAAUUAAAAGGCAGACCACUCAACAGUAUUUUGAAAUGAAAAGAGAUAUAAAUGCAAAUGAAAUGAAAAGAAAAACACUAGUUGAAUCAGAGCAUCGACAAGAAACUACACGAGUAAAAGAUAACAAUUUAAUUGAUUAUCUAAAAAGAAGCGAUGAGAAAACAACACAAAAGAAAAGUGGGACGAGAAUAAGUCAUACUCUUCCCACUGGUAUGGUUAAAUCAUAUUUACAACAAAUGAGUAAAGAAUGGGGUACACUUGCUAAUGUAAUGACAGUAAUUCAUCAAGCAAUUAAACAAGAUCAAUCAAGUAUUUAUUUAUUGGAUAAGUAUUUCAAAUCAAUAAAUAUUAAAGUUUGUAUAAUUAACACUAUAAUUAGUCCUAAAUGGACUUUUCUUUAUUUAAGUAGUUUAAUUGGUAAUCCACAAGAAUUAAUGGAACAUAUUGACAUCAUGUUAAACUUAAAAACAACUGUAGAUAUUAUGAAUAGUAUAAGAACAAAAUAUGAAGGUUAUUUAGGAGACAAACAACAUUUAGACUUAUUUUUAUCUUCAUUUAAAACAACAAGAAAUAUACUACAAAAUCAUUUAAUUAAUAUAGGCCUACAUAAAGAAGAAGCUUAUAUGAUAAUAUACAAAGCUAUUUGUAAUGAUAAUGAUGCUAAAUGGAAGAUUAGCCAUUUAAUGAAUAUAAAAUUCCCUCAAAAAUUAAUUGAUGCAUUAAUAACAUGCAAUAAAAAGAAAUUAAAAAUUUUAAUUCAUAAAUCCAUUCAAAGAUCUAAAUCAUCUUCAAAAAUAGUUUCUUUGAAUUUAUCACCAUUAGAAAGAUUAUUAAAUGAUGAUAAUUCUAUGAAGGAAUUGAAUGAAGAUAAAAUAAAAAAAGGAGUAGUAUCCGAUACUAUUGAACAGCUGAAACAUUCAGAUAUUAUACAUAAUCAGUUACAAACAUUGUCUACGGUGACUGAAUGUUCAAGUGAUGAUAUUGUACAAACAGAAGUGAAGUCAAUUGACAUAAUAGAAGAAACAGUGAAACAAAUCAAUCAAUUCGACAUGAGCAAUUUAACUUCAAAGGAUACAACAAGACAGGACAAUUUUAACAUAACUAGAGUAUAUAAAACACUUGAUAUAAUAUUUGAAUAUGAUGAAAUGUUUCACGAAAAGAAAGCAGAUGAACUAGAUGAAAUGCAACAAAACAAAAUGGAACUUCAAACAAAAGAACUAAUCAAAUUUAACAAAUGGAGACAAACAGACUGCAAUAAAAUGCCUAAUGAAAUCUUAAAGAUAACAGGAUCUUCAUCAUUUAAUGAGAAAGAUCUUAGAUUAUACAAGUAUUCAAAUAAAGCUUUCCCAACAGAUAAAAUCAGUGAUAAAUCUGAAAAUUCUGAUGAGAAUGAUGAGUUGUUUGGAUCUUCUGGCGACAAACGUAUUUGUGAAAAUUUAAAUAUGUCACAUAGUAAACAUAUUAAAAAUGAUGCUUUAGAAAACAACAAAAUGAAAAUGUACUUGGUCGAACAACAACGCAGGUCAUCACCUCGUAAAAGAACUCCACAGGGUCAAAUGAAAAUAAAAGAAUUUCUUUCAAAUUCUAUAGAAUUUUCAGCAAAGCAAGUUAAAGAAUUGUCAAAGGUACCUUUCCCAUCUUUAAGUUUGGAAAGUCUUGAAUUAUCUUACCGCGAUUCAGUGAGACCAACAAAAAAUGGCAGAAAUCUUGCAGUAUUAAAGAGAAAUAUAAUGGCUAAUGAAACUACUAAAAUGUUAAUUAGCAGCAAAAACAGUCUCAAUAAACAAAGGACACCAAAAAAAGAGGGAGUCAAUGUAAUUAAAGCCCAAUACUUUACAAACUAUAAAGAAAAUAUGAUGAAUAAUAGACAGCAUCUUCUUAAAAGCACAUCAUUUAAUUUAGCAAACAGUAUAAUAAAUAAACACGGUUUUGUGAAAGGUAGUUUGACAAGUAGAAGUGAAGAGUCUUUAUUUGAAACAGCUUUAUCUACAAAAACAGGCCCAAUAAACCCGGGAUUACUUCCACCAACAAUUGUACAGAUACUACCUAAAAUAAGGGAAUUGAGAAAGCAGGAAAACUUCAGUCGAACUCCAACGUUCACGAAUUUGUUAAUGAACUUUCCGUGUACAAAAUCAAAACAAAUUAAACGGCAAAAUUCAGAAUUUGAUUUUUUAGUUAAAACGUCAUAUAAAUUGCCUUCAUUACAUAAUAAGGUAGAACAAGAAAAGAGAAAAUUAGAGGUGAAUAAAAUGAAAAUAACAAAUAAACUUUGGUAUAGAAAACAAAUUUCAGAAACUUCAAACAUUCAGGUAGAGCCUUCACUAACUAUCACGUCUCUUUCAAAAAUGGGAUCAAUUUCGACAAUACAACCAACUUCGUCAAUUACUUCACGAUCUACUUAUCAAGUAAUUCCGCAAAAACCUCAUAAAACACAGGAAAAAGCAAUAAAACCGUCAGAAAAUCCAUUAGAUUUAGAUAUCAGGAACUUUGAUUUGAAUUUCGAUACACAAAACUUUUUACAGUGGUUUGGCAAAGUUCUAGAGGCAAACGUUAUUUCAUCAUAUAAGCGAGAAGAUUUAAUGACAACACUUAAACUGGAAAAAGAUAGAAUAUCAACGUUAAAUCCAUUGUGUGUUAACCAAGGAAUACUAAAGCAACCACAUUUUGAACCAAUGUUUAGACAAAUAUUACUCAUGGAAUUAAGUAAUUCACUAUCUAUCAAAAGAAAACAAUCUAAGAAUAAGAAAUCAUUUACUUUGCCAAUAAUUGAUAUCCCAACACGAAAUGUAUCUUAUCAGACAUCAACUUCAAAAUAUAUGGUCAAGAAGCAAGAGAAUUUCCUAGUUCAUAAUGUAAACAUGCCUCUUGAUGAUUUGUAUAAAAAUUUUAAUUAUUCACAAGAUAAACUGUCAUUAAAAGAAUUAACGAAAAUCAAAACUGAUCGUAAAAAUACUUCAAACGCAAUAAACUUUCAGCAAAAGGAAACACGUAUCAUGGAAGAAAAAUCGAAAUGUUAA